UAGAGCGCAAGAGAAAGCUGGGAAGAGGGGGAUAGGCGCACGGAGAAGGGGAGAGAAAGAGUGAAGUGACAUCACAGCUCCUCUCUCCUCUCCUCUCCUCUCCUCUGUGCCACCUUUGCUCCACUCCUCGCCUAGGAGGCGCGCACACAGUUCGCAUUUAUCCUCCUCCGUCGCUCGUAACAAUUAAAAAAAAAAAAAAAAAAGGGAAGAAAAAAUCAAGGGGGCUGGACGGAAAGAGCGGAGAAAAAGGGAGAGCCUGAUAAAACUGAAACCAUGAACAACACUUUCCUAAACAUGGCGUCGAUAGGCGACUUCGACCCGCUGAACCUGGCUAUCCCUGCCACCAAAGUUGAAAUCACGGUGUCCUGCAGAAACCUGCUGGACAUGGACACCUUCUCCAAAUCAGACCCAAAAAAUUAAUGUCAUUCAACUGUGAGGAUGGAGAGAAAGAAGAGAAGAUGACAGAAGAAGAAUCAGGACAGACAGGGGAAAGCGACAGGUAUGAUGUGGACUCAAAGAGCGCCAACCUGCAGAAACACGACUUCUUGGGCCAGGCGUUCUGCACCCUGGGAGAGGUGGUUGGAUCGCUGGGCAGUCGCUUGGAAAAGCCUCUUGGAGGUAUUCAAGGGAAGAAAUGCGGGACCAUUAUUGUGAAAGCCGAGGAGCUGAACAACUGCAGGGAAUCAGUGAUGAUGCAGUUCUGUGGCACCAAGUUGGACAAAAAGGAUUUCUUUGGCAAGUCGGAUCCCUUCCUGGUUUUCUACAGGAGCAACGAGGACAGCACGUUUACCAUCUGCCACAAGACCGAGGUGGUGAAGAACACGCUGAACCCCGUGUGGCAAGCCUUUAAGAUCCCCGUGAGAGCUCUCUGCAACGGGGAUUACGACAGAACGAUCAAGGUUGAAGUAUACGACUGGGACCGAGAUGGCAGCCAUGACUUUAUUGGAGAAUUUAGCACCAGCUACAGAGAGCUCUCUUUGGGACAGAGCCAGUUCAAUGUCUACGAGGUGGUAAAUCCCAAGAAAAAAGGAAAGAAGAAAAACUACAAAAACUCUGGAACAGUAACGCUGCUGUCAUUCCUCGUGGACAUUGAAGUCACCUUUCUGGACUACAUCAAAGGAGGGACCCAGAUCAACUUCACGGUGGCCAUUGAUUUUACAGCUUCCAAUGGAAACCCAGCCCAGCCAACGUCUCUCCACUACAUGAGUCCCUACCAGCUGAAUGCCUACGCCAUGGCCCUGAAGGCGGUCGGCGAGAUCAUUCAGGACUAUGACAGCGACAAGAUGUUCCCCGCGCUGGGCUUUGGAGCCAAACUGCCGCCGGAAGGACGGGUGUCCCAUGAGUUUGCCCUGAACGGUAACCCCCAGAACCCGUACUGUGCCGGCAUUGACGGCGUAAUGGAGGCGUACUACCAGAGUCUGAAGUCUGUCCAGCUCUACGGACCCACCAACUUCUCCCCCGUCAUCAACCAUGUGGCCAGAUAUGCUGCUUCUGUUAAGGAUGGUUCUCAGUACUUUGUGCUCCUCAUCAUCACUGACGGCGUUAUCUCAGACAUGGCUCAGACUAAGGAGUCUAUCGUCAAUGCUUCUGGUCUCCCCAUGUCAAUUAUCAUUGUGGGGGUCGGGCCUGCAGAAUUUGAUGCCAUGGUCGAGUUGGAUGGCGAUGAAGUGAGAAUCUCAUCCAGGGGAAGAUUUGCAGAGAGAGACAUUGUUCAGUUUGUUCCGUUCAGAGACUACAUCGACAGGAGCGGGAGCAACAUCCUGAGCAUGGCCCGGCUGGCGAAAGACGUACUGGCUGAGAUCCCGGACCAGUUCCUCUCCUACAUGCGGACCCGGGGGAUCAAGCCGUCACCGGCGCCACCUCCCUACACGCCGCCGGCGCAGCCCGUUCAGACCCAGAUAUAAAACAGCGGGCUGUGAAAAAAAAAAGUUUAGGUAUUCGCAGUCAGGUGUUCUCAGAACUUAACGCUCAAAAUACUUCCGUCUCCUCAAAGCCGCUCUCCAUGCUUUGCCGUCAUGGAUGACAGGGGGGUUUUCUCGCCGGUCAGGAAGCUGCACGUCAGGCCAGGAAAGACGUGCUGCAGUAGGAAAAGCUCAGCGAGAGUCAGUUUACUUCCACUAACAAGCAUUCCUAUAAAUGUCUGGGGUUUUGAGAGGAUGUUUAAUCUCUUUUCUUCUAUCGUGUAUGUGUGAGUGCGAGUGAAACGUAGAAAAGCUUUGGAGAGAGCCGAUAGAUUUAAACUGUGCGGAGAAAAGAGAAGCAAAGAUGGGAAGAAGUGAAAAAGGGACUGGGUUUUACGUUGGGGGAGGUAAAACUGUUAAGAGAACAGAAAGACAUAGCAUCACUUGAUCGUCUGUAAAAAAAAGAAGAAAAAAAAAAGAAAACCUGGAAAUAUGUAUCUUCUCUUUCUCUUUUCUCUCUCAGACUCAUUGUUUACAGUAACUGCUAGCAAGGAUUUCUACUGUUGAUACUUUUAUAUACAUAGUUUCACCAUGAAGGCUGUAAUACUCUCUCUCUUUCCUGGCAUUUAUGUCGGGUAGCUGCAGUGCAGGUCCUGGUAGCCCUUCUGUACUGUACCGUACCGUGCUGUACCCUACUGUACUGUACUGUACUGUAUUCUGGUGUUUGUAUUAACCUUUUGCAUGCGUGUAGCCUCAGUCAAGUGCAUGCAAAUAGUGGCCCUGCACUACCUCUUUUAUCCAUAAAUGUGUGUUGUGGGAGGUAAAUUGACUGUCUUUUAUUUCAUUUCUCUCCCUUUGUGCCUCUCACUCUUUUAGUAGCUGUGUUUCCAUCCAACUUGUUUCUUUUUUGCCUCACUUUACACAUUAUUAGUAUUCGCAUUACAAAAAAAAAAAUUUAUGUGAGUUAUUUCCUAUUUUCAAUGUUUUAGAAUUUUUUUUAAAGACCAAGCAAAUGUCAUCUGCAUACAGGAUUUUUAACUUCGUAGAGACAGAUAUGGUACGCAACUUCUUUGAUCAUUAAAGUCCAAAGAAAUGUUCAGAAGACUGUGUUUAUAACGUGUGACGUUCCGUGCACCACUCAAACCCUUACAACACACAUUCAGAUUGCGAAUAUAACACAUGGUGCAACCGUUACAUGGUUUUCAACCCCAAAAAAGUUUGAAUUACAAUUCCAUUAGAUCGGCAAAAAUAUUUUUUUUUCCCAGAAUUUGGUGUAUCGUGUCACUUUGAAUCAGUCGCAUCACAUGCCAACAAAACACUGACAUUCCCUUACAAUGGAAACUUUCCCUAACAUCAUAUUGCUAGCUUUUCCGUUUAAUGACAUGUGUUCAUGAACUCGGCAAAACAUGCAGACUCAGUUUUAAACACAGACAUAAAAUAUAUAUUGCCAGAUGCCUGAUUGACUGUUGCGGCAACAUGUCAACGUGCCAGCCAUGUUGGAAUGAUACACUGCCACUUCUGAACAACUUGAAAUCUGAACAGAAACAUUUAAACGGGUUUAAAAAUCUGUCGGAAAAAUGUAGCCGUUCACUAGGUCUUGACGAAACAGCUACGCUUUUGUUCUAAAGAUUACUAUUUUUACCAUCCCAUUAGCGUAUUAGCAUAAUCUUACUUUUAUCAUAUCCAACAUUAGCAUUUAGCAUUAGCAUUUUGCCCCUUAAAGUCCAUUUUGUUUCUAAAUUAACAAAGAUUCAAGGCACAUGAAAAAAUUUCAGUGACUCUAAAUGUUAUGUAGCAUUUUCGACUGUUGAAUGGAAAUGUAGCUACUAUCCUCUUAUCUGUGUGUCUUUUUUUUUUUGGUUUAAACUAGCUUGGUAAUAGUAUGGCCAUGAGGCCAGGGGUUUCAUGUCUUUGUCUCCUUGCACCCCCUCCCCCCUCCCCCACCCAUCCACCCUCACCCCAGCUGCUCUCAAACAAAAAAUACUGUUUGAGCAACAAGAGCCCAGUGGUCAAAAAUGCAUAGAAAAACAAAAUUAUAUCCCAUAGUGUGUUUUCUGGUUCUUUGUAGUGUUGGCGAGCAUGUACGUGCGUUUGCAAAUUUUUAUGACACCUAUAGCUUUGAUACGACUUUGUACACAAGUUUUAAUUUUGUAUUUAUACGUGCCAUGGUUUCUGUGAGUUGUGCUAUCCGCCGACAACAAUCCGAUGAAUUAACACUGAUGUCUUCUAUUUUUGUGACGAAUGUGUAUCGGGUGCGGUCUGAUCAGCGCUGCCGUGACAGGGGCGUCGGCGAUGAGUGAGAAUGUAAGACUGGGGUUAUGUCGUAAGUCCGUUCGUUAGUUGUCAUAAAACCAAACCAUACGGAGUGCUGUGAGGGGGAAAAGAAAUCAUCCCCUCUCAGAUUUCUUCUGUUGUUUUUUUGUUUUUUUUGUCACACUUUUUGCCAAUGUUUCAAAUCGUCAAAACAAAUUUAUUAUCAGAAACGUACAGGCUAAUUGUGCUAUCCCUGGCAGCACCAGCUGCUAUGAAACAUUUGCGAUGUUUUAGUCAUAGUUGUUUUAAUCAUGAAAACCCAAAAGUUUCAGAGCAUGAGCAUCAUGUGCAACGUCUUACCAAAGCAUCUCAACCAGCUUUGAGAUCGGACUUUGACUUGGUCAUUCCAUAACCUUCUUUUAACCAUUUGACUUAACGCUGCUCCUCAGUUUGUCGUCCAGCUGCGUAAACCUGACGUGUUUUCGGGUGUUGUGGUAGAGAGCAGAAGCCAUGGUUCAAACCAUUUUAACAACAGGACCACAGAGUAUAUUUGAGGUCUAUAAUUCUGAAACAGUUUGUAACAAGUAAUGCUGUAGUUUGUGGUUCUACAUAUAUUCAUGUAGAACUAAUGACUGGUUGUGAUGAACGGAUGAAUGGUCAGAUUAGCGUCGGAUUUGUGAGAUAUCUUAACUUGAGAAUAAUUUUACAGCAUUCCAACAAGUCGGUUAAACUGAGAAAUAAAGUAUAAAACUCCUAAUUAGAUAUUUAGGAUAAAUUUGAUCUUUUAGGGUUUAUGCAUCUUCCGCAGAGUGAAAAUCUCAAAAACUGAUGAAGCGCACUAUUUCGGACCCAUUUCUGACCGGACCUGCAAUACUUGCCGCUUAUUCCCAAUCCUGUUUGACAUUUUUCACCUUCCUGCCAUGUAUGGUCACUGUAGCACUUUGGCCAUAACAACUGUGUGAAUGUGUGUUCGGUAGCUUAGCACAACUGCUGCGUUCAAAGCUUAGCUGCUCACAUCAUUAAGGGCGGCGGGUCAAAACGAGAAGUUCAUCACUGCAGCAGAUGCCGGGUAAAAGACGAGCACUAAACCGGUAACUGAUCCUGCACUGUGGGGUUUACUGAUCGGAUGGGCAAAGAUGUUUCUGAUGUUCGCAUCAUGUAACAUUGCCGUGUAAAGUGAUAGCAGCGUAGUAAAUAUUAUUGAAAAAAUGAAAUCACAGAGAAUGCCAAUAUGUUCAAGUUUUAAAACGAAGCUUAAAAUUGAAUGGUAAGGUAAGAGGGGUCAAAAUGUCUCCGAAUAAUGAUAAAUUAAUUAAUAUUGUAAUAAAUGCCAUGGUAAUUACAAUUUUGUAGAGCAGAUGCUCCAAAGUGCUGCCCGGGGCCCAUUUGGGGCCUUUAAAAUAUUUUAUUGUUGCCCCCAACUGCAAGUCUAGAAGCUUUUUUUUUUAAUUUUUUGUGAGAUUUUACAGCAAAAUUUUAAUCUUUUAAAAUAGGAAAUGUUGGAUACCAUGCACAUAAUUCGCCUUUAAUAAUAAUCGCACUUGCCUUUAUUUUAAUUUCAUAGUAUAAAGGACCCCAGUUAUGCAGGGGGCUUUACCCAAAAGGAGAACACGGUGCAGCGAUUGAUGACGCUUGGCUAAACAUGAGUCUUAAUCGAAGGAGUGACUCAUGUUCUGUUCUUGUUUCCUAAAAGAGAGUCAAUCCCCCCCACCCCCAC